AAUCUCUCGCACCGACCAGCGAGGCUGCAGGCUUUGCCGUCGCAGGGGCGCGGCCGGGUGCAGACUGCAGAGAGGCCCCCGAGCUAGAGCAGCGGCAGCAGGGGAGAGGAUCGUUGCGGGGGAGCGGGCGCGCUAGCUAGCUAGCCGAGCCGACAGGGAGGAGGAUCGGAGGCGGGGCGCGCAAGUGGUUGGCGAGGCGUGCGGUGUCAGGGGGAGCGGCGCCGACCGGGACGCGCCGCGGACGGCGGCCGGGCGCCAUGGGGGGCUACGAGCUCGUCCGCAGCGACGACGCGCCCGCCCUCGCGGUGGAUCUGGAGGCCGGCGGCGGCGGGCCCGCGAAGCGCGCCGCGGGGACCUCCCCGGCGCCGGCGCCGGCGCGGCAGCGGCUCGUCUCGCUCGACGUCUUCCGAGGGAUCACCGUGCUGCUGAUGAUCAUCGUGGAUGACGCCGGCGCGUUCAUCCCGGCGAUGAACCACUCGCCGUGGGACGGCGUAACAGUGGCCGACUUCGUCAUGCCUUUCUUCCUCUUCAUCGUGGGAGUCGCCCUGGCGCUUGCGUACAAGAGAGUGCCGGACAAGUUGGACGCCACGAAAAAGGCGGUGCUCCGGGCGCUGAAGCUGUUUUGUCUUGGUCUUGUUUUACAAGGUGGAUUCUUUCAUGGUGUUCGUAGUCUAACUUUUGGGAUUGACCUUCAAGAAAUGCGGCUCAUGGGUAUUCUGCAGAGAAUUGCAAUAGCUUAUCUAUUGACUGCCCUAUGUGAAAUUUGGCUCAAAGGAGAUGAAGAUGUAGAUUAUGGAUUCGAUUUGCUCAAGAGAUACCGCUACCAACUGUUCGUAGGCGCAAUUGUGGCAAUCACAUACAUGACCCUGUUGUAUGGUACCUAUGUUCCUGAUUGGGAGUAUCAGACAUCUGGGCCUGGAUCCGCAGAGAAGUCUUUCUUGGUGAAAUGCGGAGUAAGAGGUGACACCAGCCCAGGUUGUAAUGUGGUUGGCAUGAUCGACCGCAAAAUCUUGGGCUUCCAACAUCUCUAUGGCCGACCGGUCUACGCGCGAUCAAAGCAAUGCAGCAUCAAUUCGCCACAAAAUGGGCCCCUUCCUCCUGACGCCCCCUCUUGGUGCCAGGCUCCUUUUGACCCUGAAGGCCUUCUCAGUUCCGUGAUGGCCAUUGUUACAUGCUUGAUUGGGCUCCAGUACGGACACGUCAUUGUACAUUUCCAGAAACACAAGGAUAGGAUCAUGAACUGGUUGAUCCCUUCCUUCAGUAUGCUAAUCCUAGCCUUCGCCAUGGACUUCUUUGGAAUGCACAUGAACAAGCCACUGUACACCCUGAGCUACACCUUGGGCACCGCCGGCGCGGCGGGCCUCCUCUUCGCUGGAAUCUACACGCUGGUCGACUUGUACGGCUACCGGCGGCCGACCGUCGCCAUGGAGUGGAUGGGGAUGCACGCCCUGAUGAUCUACGUCCUCAUCGCGUGCAACAUCCUGCCCAUCUUCAUCCAUGGCUUCUACUGGAAGGAGCCCAAGAACAACCUUCUGAAGUUCAUCGGAAUUGGGGCGUGAGGUGGUGACCAUACACGGAUACAGAUAUUGUUUAGGAAUCUACUCGGACAGAGAUAGAGAAGCACGUGCAUUCAGGCCUAGUUUUGCUACACGGCCAGUGCAUCAUUGUUGCUGCACAGAGCGCCUCUCUCUGUGAGCUCUUGUAUAUGAUAAAGGAGCCUUGUGUAUAUGACAAUACGAUUUUUAUAAAAGAAAAUAGAAUAGUACAGAGAUUCUUACGAGUCA